AUGCCAUAUAGCAGUUUGUCAGUUGUAAACAAUAAUGCCAAUGAACCUGUUGCCUCUACAUCUGCAGCCCACACCUCAGUUCUGAAUAAUAAUACCAUUGAACCAAUUUCAUCCACAUCUAUAGCCCCUGGUCCACUUACCACUGUUUCUAAUGUGUUCUCGCUGGAAUCAGUUAGAGUAGUUAGACCAUUGCCAAGAGCUCCGCCAAGAAAAAACGGCCAACCAAACCGAUGUAAAAUCAAAUCUGAUGUCCUUACUGACACUACCACGAAGGAUGAAAUAGCUGCUAUAGAGGCUAAUAGACAGUCUAAGAAGAAAAGAAAAAACCUAAAAAAUCAAAGAAUAAAUAAAAGGUAUUGA